AUUUUACCCGCCAUAUAUGUAAAUGAGACGAAACUGAAAGUUAAACGUAAAUAAACAAUAUUGUAAUAUCUACAACUCAUGUGUUUUGCAUCCGUCCCAAAAUUAUACCAUGUAGGUCUCUUUCUCUUUAUACAACCAAUAGAUUACUGGGGUGUCGUACCUCGGAUGAACCAUAGGUAUUUGUAAUACGACAAAGUAUAUUAAAACUGAUCAAUGACUGAUAAUGACGUCACUGGGGUAGCCCGGAAAUCGAGAAAUGGCUGCUGAGGAUGUGGUUGCUAAAAAAUAUGCUAGUGGCAUAUUAGUCGGAAUUAUAAUAAUCUACUUAGCCAAAAAGUAUGGUAAACAAUAUUUAAUAAAUCUAUAUAGACUCGUGUAUGCAUGGAUACUAAACAGAUUUGGAAAUCGUUAUUCAAAACUCAUGAAAAAAUUCAAAGAAGAACUUUUAUCUGACAUUGGGAAUAUUGUAAAAACAGAACCUUUAGAAAUACUAGAGAUAGGAGCUGGAGGAGGGCAGAACUUCAAAUUUUUCCCGAGAGGAAGUCAUGUUACAUGUGUGGAUCCUAAUCCAUUUUUUGACGAAUAUUUAAAGAAGAACCUUGACAUUUUUCCUCAUGUAAAAUUGAACAAGUUUAUAGUUGCGCCUGCUGAGGACAUGUCACAAGUACCAGAUGAGAGCAUUGACAUUGUUGUGUGUACACUAGUACUUUGUAGCGUAGAUAACCAGGCCAAAGUCUUCUCAGAGAUACUGAGAAUACUUAAGAAAGGUGGAAAGUUCUACUAUCUUGAACAUGUUGCUGCAGCUAGAAAUACUUGGAUAAGAAAACUACAAGAUUUUUUAAGUGGGAUUUGGUGGUUCAUUAGUGAUGGCUGUACUCUCAAUCAAGAACCAUGGAUUAUCUUAGAAAAAUCUGGAUUUUCCAAAAAUGAUCACAAACAAUUUUACUCUCCUAUUAAAAUGAAAUUAUUAGCUCCUCAUUUUAUGGGCUGCUCAACAAAAUAGAUCACUAUGUGGUUGAUGCACCAUCAUUUUUAAUGUGCAUGUUAGGAAUACAACAUUCCAGAAUAUGACUUGAUCCAACAGGUGACAGUGACAGCUUUUAAUAUAAUGGCAUACAUAAACAGCACCAGUUACUUGAUACUUAAAAUUCAUUUAGUUAGUCUUUAAAAGUUUAAAAACAAAAUAGCUCAUGUUGUGAGCAAUAUACAAGUUGUGCCAUUGAAAUAUUUAUUUGAUGUACAAUGAUGUAUGUCAGCUUGGAAAUAGGCCAAACAGCUUUCAAAAGAUAUAAUUUGAAACUGACAACAAAAGUUACCAU